CACAGUUAUGUCUUAUGCCAGUAUUGUACCAAUACCAGAGGACCCACACAUGAUCCAGUACUCACAGAAGAGCCUACCACCAUAGUAGCAGGUGCCUCUACUGAAAAAGCCUCAUCUACUGACAACAACACCCUUUCACUAGACAAACCAACUUCAAUAAAUACUAAUAAACACUCUAAUGA